GGCUUUUCGCCGCUCGCCGCCUCGUCGCUGCCAUGGCUUCGCUGCGCUCCGGCCCGGCCUGGUGCCGCCUGCUCGCCUGGGCCGCGCUCGGCCCCGUGCUUUGCGGAGGGUCGGUGCGCGCCGAGCCGGAGCCGGGCGCGGAGCCGGAGGCGGACCCGCACGCGCGGCACCUCUACAGCGCCGAGAUGCUGCGGCACGGCGCCGCCGCCGCCCCGCACUUCGUCAUGUUCUUCGCCCCGUGGUGUGGACAUUGCCAGCGUCUCCAGCCAACUUGGAAUGAUCUGGGAGAUAAAUACAACAACAUGGAAAACCCACAGGUCUAUGUUGUUAAAGUGGAUUGUACUAUAGACACUCCUCUGUGCUCUGAAUUUGGCGUCCGCGGAUACCCUACUUUAAAGCUGCUUAAACCAGGACAAGAACCUCUGAAAUACCAAGGCCCGAGAGACUUCCAGGCGCUGGAAAACUGGAUGUUGGAAAAACUAAAUGGGGAACCAUCUGAUCCAGAAUCUACUGUGGAACCACCAAAAGCUCCUGAACCUAAGCAGGGAAUGUAUGAACUCUCAGCAGAAAAUUUCAAGACGCACAUAGCAGAAGGUAAUCACUUCAUCAAAUUCUUUGCCCCUUGGUGUGGUCACUGCAAGGCUUUGGCCCCAACUUGGGAACAGCUGGCUCUAGCCUUUGAACAUUCAGAAACUGUAAAGAUUGGCAAGGUCGACUGUACCCAACAUUAUGAGGUCUGCUCUGAAAAUCAAGUUCGUGGCUAUCCUACACUCCUCUGGUUUAGAAAUGGUGAAAAGGGUGACCAGUAUAAAGGGAAGAGGGACUUUGAUUCCUUGAAGGAGUAUGUGGAUUCCCAACUACAGAGCUCUGGGAAAGAACCACCAGCAAGUAAACCCACAGAAGCCCCACAGCCUCCUGCAGAACCCACCCAGGCUGAGCAGGCUACAGUGCUUUCUCUCUCUGAAAAAGACUUUGAUGAAACCAUUGCUAGGGGAAUCACCUUUAUUAAAUUCUAUGCUCCAUGGUGUGGUCACUGUAAGAACUUGGCUCCGACUUGGGAGAGCCUUGCCAAAGAGCAAUUUCCAGGUUUGACUGAUGUCAAAAUAGCAGAAGUAGACUGCACUGUAGAACGUAACGUCUGCAACAGAUUUUCUGUACGUGGAUAUCCUACGCUUCUGCUUUUCCGAGGUGGAAAGAAAGUCAGUGAACACAACGGAACGAGAGAUCUGGAAUCACUGCAUAGCUUUGUUUUGCGUCAGGCAAGGGAUGAAUUGUAAUAAAAGUCUCAAUGCUCUGUCCCUGGCUGUCUCUGUACGGUAGUUGAGGGAUUUAAGGCAUUGCUAAUUUUCAAAUGGUAUGUUGGGGGGUGGGGUGGGAAUUAGGGCUUUUUUGUUCGUUGAUUUGUUUUUAGGAAAUGGAAUGUACUGAACAUUGGUAUCUUCCCUCUGUGUGUUAAAGGCAAGUUACCCUACUUGAGAAGGAAAACUAACAAGUAGUUACUGUGCAAACGGAGAAUAUUUUCAGCAUUAGUAGUAUUGCUACAUUUCUGCAUUCCUGCAGUGAAGUGUAAAUGGUUUCCAUUGAGACUAAAAUACAUUAAGAAAACCAAAUUAAGGGCACCAGCAGAAUAUUUUUGUCUUCAGGUUAGAUUUGGUUAAAAAAAGUAAUCUUUACAUACUGCACACUAUUGCUAGAAAGCUAAAAGCUGCAGCUGUGUUAAAUAACUACUGCCUCUACAAUGGUACUUCCAACCUGUUUGUCUUAAUAUGGCUGUUGGUUAAGAAAUGAAAAGUCACAGGAGGCUGAAAACACACAUUUGGAAGAUACCAGGCCACCAUGAGCUGUUUCCUGUUAAUCCUCUCUGCAUGGGAGGUUCAGCCAUAACAAAAGCAAUGGUACUGUAACAUGUGCCUGAACAUUACUGAUGCCAUAGUGUACGUGUCAGGUGGAUGUUUUUUGUUGUAGACUGCUUCUUUUUAUCUCCAGAGGAGUAAUUAUGCUCUACUUAUAUAGAGCCAAAGCGAACUGGCUCUAUUACAGCUACUUUGUUAAUAUUAAACGAUCAGUUAGACCUCAGAGCUGAUUACAUGCAUUUUCUACCUUCACCUGAAUCCAAACUUUGUGUUGACCUGCUCUUUAGUCAGAGCACUUGGAGAACAAGUAGUAAAUGUAAGUAAUUUUUCCACUCAGCUGUUCGACAGUAGUCUCCAAUAGUUUCCCACUCUUCUUGAGCCUUAACCUUUUUUCCAGGUCUAAGUAUGAAAGUGUUGCUAAGUUUGAAUGUUAGGCCUGUGCACUCCCUGUUGCCUUGGAUUAUGAUACGGAUCUAUUCUUUGGUGCAUAAGAUGCUUCAUGUUUGAUAGUUGAAAGCCAAAGAAUGUACACUGCAGGUACUGUCUCAGUAGAAUGACAGCAGCAAACCAAGGACUGAAUUCUGCCAUCCCGUGUGUGCACAGAAACUCAUGGAAUGAGUAUGACGUAUACAGGCUGAUUUGACUAAUCUGUCAAAAUGCUGAUUUUAUCCAUCAUAUGGAGUAGGUUUGUUUUCAUUUAAAAAAAAAAAAAAA